CAUUAACAACUCACAGUCAUUGAAGACCUUAAAUCCACCAUGAUCUUGUUCCUCUUCUUGUUUGGUCUGGUUCUGGGUGAAUUGCCUCCUUCAGACAUCCAGGAAGUGCCACUAGUGCGUGGCAGCUGUCCCUUGUUUUGGUUCAGCUUUAACGGCGACUGCUACAAGUACAUUUCCACUCGCUUGACGUGGGCUGAUGCAGAGAUCCAGUGUAUGUCAGAGGGAGCCCACCUGGUGUCCAUCCACAGCGCGGAAGAACAGAACUUCGUCAAAACCCUGAUCAUGAACUUUGAUCCUGCUAUAGGUUAUACAUGGAUCGGACUUAAUGACAUUUAUAAGGAAGGAACAUGGAUGUGGUCUGAUGGAUCUGCGGUCAACUUUACCUUUUGGAAGGCAGGAGAGCCAAACAAUUCUCUGGGUAAAGAAAACUGUGUUCAGACCUGGACCAGUGAUACAACAUGGAAUGACUAUACCUGCCAGAGUAUGUUUAGUUUUAUUUGUGCAUCUCGUACAGUUUGUUAAGCUAAGAAAUGUCAUGUGUGGUUCAGCAACAACUUCAACUUGUUCUGUAUGAAUUCAGUCUGAAUGACAAAAAAUAGAA